GUCAAAUUCCACGAUCAAAAUGUUGUCAAUACUCCGCAAAGCGCGUCUCAAGGACAAGGAAAUGCGAAUCCUGAUGCUNNCGGACUCGACAACAGCGGUAAAACUUCGAUAGUGAAAAACAUCAUGGGCGAAGACAUUAACACGGUCUCNCCCACUCUUGGCUUCAUUAUCAAAACAAUCGACUAUGAUGGGGGGCCCGAGGGUUGGGCGCGAAGUGCCGAUAGCAAAACUUACACGGGAAACANGGGGAUGUCGGCGGACAGAAGACGCUUCGGACAUACUGGAAGAACUAUUUUGAGAAGACGGACACACUCAUAUGGGUCGUGGAUGGCACAGACCGAGAACGAAUUGACGAUUGCCGACAAGAACUGGAGGGGCUUCUUCUGCAAGAGNCGGUUGAUGGGAGCGAGUCUGCUCGUGUUCAAGAACAAGAGCGAUGUGGCAGGGUGCAUGAGCUCGGAGGAGAUACGCAAGGUUUGUGGUUCCCUCGCCAGCCGCAGUGGGGUCCUCAUGUUUACCAAACACGAUACUGACUCAGAAACACCACGUAGNGCCUUGCGACUCGACACGAUUCACACGCACAGGUGGAAUAUUAUGGAGUGCAGUGCAUUGACUGGAUUGAACCUUCAGGAGGGCCUCAAAUGGGUAGUGCAAGAUGCCAAGGACCGGCUCUUUUUGUACUGA